CAUAAAGUAGGAGGACAGCUAGUACUUCAGGUAGGUAAGUUAACGUUAGCCCGCUAGCUAGCCAGUAACGAAUCUAUCUAGCUAGCUAACUAACUCUUAAAAUAGCCUACUAUGAGCAGGCAAUGCUGAAUUUGCCUUAAAUUAAUCCUGUCAUGAAAGUGGCAGUAACAACAGUUCUCCCACUGCCUGAGGAUUUCAAUAAAAUUACAGAGCUCAAGGGUAAAAACAACAUAUUGGAGAUCAAGUUGGAUGAGACCAACAGAGUUCUGAAAUUUUCUCAGACCAAAGAGAAGUGCUUGAUUGAGGAGAGAGAUGGGAUGUUGGGGACAGUGAAUGGACUCCAGCAGACUCUACUGCAGCAGUGUGACCUCAGAGUGGAGAAUGAAAAGUUGAAAAGCACUGUGUCAGAUCUGAAAAGGCAGAGUGAUAGGACAGUAGAGGAGCGGGAAGCUGAGAUUCAGAGGCUGGUGGCAGAGAUGAGAGCUGUGGGAGAGAGACAUCAGAAGGAGUUGGAGUCUCUGAGAGAGCAGUGCAGGAGAGGGGUGGAGGGCACUCACAGAGAAACACAGAGCAAACUUGAGGCGAAAGAUGCAGAACUGAAAGAGGCCCUGGAGAGAAAGGAGUCAGAUAUGGCAGAGAUGAGAAGGAGACUGAGGGACCAGGAGAGAGAGAGGCAAAGUGAAAUAUUAAAGUUACAAAUGGAGUUUGGUGCUAAGCUUGCCAGGGUGCAGAGUACCACACAGAGGAUCCAGCAGCAGCCCCAGGGUUCAGGUCUUUUACCUCAGAACAUCUUCAAACGGAAGUUCCAGUUCCUUCAGGAGGAGAAGAACAGAGAGGUUGAGGCCCUGCGCCAGAGAAUCAAGGAAUUGGAGAAGCAGCACGCCAGCGGAUUCAGUGACUCCCGUCUAAAGAGAAAGAAGAUUUAGCAUAUUUAAAAUAUGCAGGAGUGAAAUUCAUCUACAGUAGUGCCUUUGUAUUAUUUUUGGUAUAGUGUUCCUGGUGUUUGCUUGACUGCAGUCAUGUUGGUUUGUGAAAAUGUAAUGAAGAUAUUUUCAUGACAACAGUUUUGUGAGGGAUAAUUGUUUUACUCACUUUGUCUUCUACCUAUAUUUGAAAGUGAAUUUGGAAUUUGAAUUUCAUUUCACAUAGAAUGAGGAUUAAGUGAAUGAACAAUUCUCAUAAAUCUGUGCAUUACAACAAGCAACAAUUUAAUCAAAUAAUAGUUCUUUGCUGCAGAAUAGUUUUUUCACUGCUGAAUUCUGCAGUCUACAUUUCCAACCCUAUGCUCCUUCUGGUGAUGUAUGGAGAACCGGCAUGUGUGUUUUAACAUGGGUCCUCUACACAUGUAAACAGCCUGUGUCUAUUCAAGACCUUAAUCCAAUAAGCAUAGAUGAAUGUCUGGCCGCCCCAUGUACCAGUCAUCCCCAGAGAGCGAGAGGAAACAAACUGUUCCUUUACUUAAGAUACCUUCCCACAGGGGGCCAGUAGGAAAAUAAAUAAUGAAAUGAAAUGUAUGCAUUCACUACUGUAAGUCGCUCUGGAUAAGAGCGUCUGCUAAAUGACUAAAAUGUACUAAAAAAAAAUGGUAGACUGACCCAUUUAAACAAUUAAGACGUGUUCCGCCCAGGCAAUAUCAAUUAAUGUGUCUUUAUUGACCUCAUUCAUUUGGAUCUCAAACAGUAGUUGGGUCAUUCUACGAAAUGAGGGCUUUUUCAUAGUUUAAAUAGAAAUUGUGCACCAAUAUUGAAUUUUAAAUGCCUGUUAUAUUAAUUGAAGUAACCUUUAAUAUAGACCACAUGGAGAAUUCCCAUUUUUUUAUAUGAAUAAAGACUUGCACCCUC